AUGUUGCCUCUAAAGGCCAAGGAUAUAGCCCUCAAGAGGAACGCCAUCACAUUGGAUUACGCGCAGUUUUAUCUUAGAGCGGUGCCAAUUAGUGGCCAACAGCAGCAACUACAGCAGCAGCAGCAGCAACAACAGCACCAGCAGCUCGUGCAGCAGCAGUUGCUGGCCCAGCAGCAGCAGCAACUGCAAAUCCAGCAGCUGCAGCAACAAUUGCUGCUGCAGCGACUUGAGCGGGAGUUGCAGUUGCAACAGCAACAACAUCAGCAGCAGCAGCAGCAACAACAACAGCAGCAGCAACAAUUACUACAACAGCAACAGGAGCAACACCUGCAACAACAGCAACUCCUAUACGCCCAUCGGCAGAGCUACACGCCCAUCAGGCAGCGUUGGCUGACUGGCAGCCACUACGAGUACGUGGCCCCGUCCGCCCAGCAGCAGCAGCAGCAGCACAUACAACAGCAACAGCUAGCUCACCAGCAGCAACAGUACAGCUACUAUUUCAGCCGCGGGAGCACCAGCACCGGCAGCGGCCUGGGUCUGGGACUGGGCCUGGGAUUUGGUCUGGGCAGCGGCAACCUCGCCAGCUGGUACCAUCUGCCCUCCACCUCGGCGCACAUCUAUAUCGGCACCACAAGUAGCACCAGCAGCGGCGUUGGAGGCACAGGCGGUACUGCUGGCUCCACCUAUCCGUACUCCUACCGGAGUCUAGGCGGCUACUCCGGCGGCGGCUAUCCGGCGGCGGCCCUCAUCAACUUCGAUGCCUCGCCGACGCCCCUGCUAGCCUCAGCGGGCAGCUCGCCAGGCUAUCUGCCGCCACUACCCGUACCGGCGGUAUUGCCUCCACCACCUCCGGCGCCUAGUGUUGCCACCGACUACUACUUCAGCAGCCGGAGCACCCGCACGGUUCCACCUCCGCCGCCGGCACCACCCACGCCGGCCGCAGCGGCAGCAGCAGCGGUAGCAGCAACAGCAGCAGCAGCGGCGGUGUCGACAGCAGCUAAAGCCGCGGCCAGACUAUCGCCGUUCCAGGACUAUAACGCGGCGCAGGAGCUGCAAACUGGCUAUCACUACAAGGCCACGCCCCGCAGGCGGUACGACGCCUACGACAACUACGGCUAUCUGCCGGGCUUCGCCAGCACCACCGAAGACGAGGACGACUUACUCGAGGAGUGUCUGCCGCAGGCGCUGCUAUCCACCGAUUGCUCCAGUCUCGAGGACGUGCGAUUCUUCCAUCUGCAGGAGGAGGACGACGAGGACGAGGUUGAGGACGACGAGGUGGCUACGCAGCUGGCGCACAUCCUCGAUUUGCCCGAUUUUCUUCAUCCCUACGGCGACAGCGGCCGGGCCAGCCUGCACAGCCACAAGACGCCGCCGCAACACGAGUUCCAGGCCCAGGACCACGGCUCAGCGGCAACGGGGGGAGGAGCCGGAGGUACAGGAUCGGGAGGCGAAGUGGGAGGCGGUGGCCAGUCGUUGCGUGGCUCCGAGGAGCUGCGCUACCAGUCCUAUCAGUACGAAAACCAACAUCAGCAGCAGCAACACCAUCAGCAGCAUCAGCAGCAACACCAUCGCCAGCAACAGCAAUCAUACUACCCGGAGCAACAGACUCCGCACCAGCAACACCAGCAGCAGCAGGCUUACCACUCCUACCAGUAUCCUUCGCAGGACAGCUGUGAAGGCUUCAAUCACUUCGCCACCAACGCGGGCAGUUGCCUCGGCAAUCAGAGAAUGAUGGUGAGCAAAUUGUGGAACAGCUGCUUCCCGGAGUUCACCCCGGACCACGUGCACCGGCACAACUUCUAUCUGUGUCAGUGGCAGCGCAACACUCAGGUGCGAAUUGUGUACCUGUUCUACCGCUGGAUAACGGCCAUCACCUGCCUGGCUGCGCUGGUCUGCUCCUUGUUGGACAUCGGACGCACGGAAGAGCACUUUGAGCACCACUAUGCCAAAUGGUGGAUCUACUUGACCCACUGGGGCCUGCUCUUCUGCACGGUGCAGGCCUGGCUGGCCGCCUGGAUAGUCACACAGGGAAUGAUGGUGGAGCGCGAGGACUUUGAGAUCGUGCGUCAGGCGAAGAAGAGCCGUCUGCACCACCUCUACUGGGUGCUCUAUACCUGUGCCACGGUCUAUGCGUUCAUUGUCACCAUGUGCUAUUGGCUCCUCGUCCACAAUCCAGAAAUCCACAAGAUUGAUGCAUUGAAUAUAAUGGUCCAUGUGCUCAACUCGAUUAUAAUGCUCAUUGAUUUGGCCAUUGUGGGGCAUCCGAUAAAGAUGAGCCACGCCUACUUUACAACUGGAAUUGGUCUGGCGUAUGCCAUAUUUACGGGAAUUUAUUUUUUGGCUGGCGGCACUGACAGGAAAAAUCAGACCGCCAUCUAUCCGAUGAUGGACUGGACCAAGCCGGGCAAGGCGAUCAUUGUGACGGCCUGCGCUAUAAUCUUCACCUUCUUUGUCCACUUCUGCUGCUAUCUCCUGUACCGUGGCCGCGUCUGGCUCUUCACCAAGCUGUGCAUCCGUGGACGCCACAACCGGGACGGAGAAAUGGGCGAGGGUCUCAACGACGACUCCGGAUCGAGGAUGGGUGGAGGCGGUGGUAUUAUGGGGUCCGGUGGCGGUGGCGGCGGCGCAGCUGGUGGCUCGGUGGGUGCCGCUGGCGCUUUGGGCAGCAGCCAGGAAUACGCCCAUCAGCAGCAAUACCCCAUUGCCCACACGGAGCAGCCGCGGGCGGGCAGCAACCAACAGCAGCAGCAGCAACCGCCGGGCAGCUACCAGCUGCCGCCGCAAUAUUCCGGUUAUCUGCAACAGCCCGUAGUCGCCGGAGUCAAUGUGGGCGUGAUAAGCGCCGAGGGCGUCUACCAGCCAAUUGGCACGGACACUGGACGCACCAGCGGAGGUGGCAGUGGCGGUGGAGGCGACGGCAAGCACAAGUCUUCCUCGGGAACUGGACAGGGAUCCGGAUCGGGAUCUGGUUCGGGCUCGGCCUUGACGCGCACCGUAGCCCAUUUGGAGGCGUCGCAGCGGGAGCAGUUCCUCAACCCCAACAAGAUCGUCGAGUACAAGAUGUAAAGGCGUUGCACCCGGCACCGGUAUACGUUCCACUUGUCCAUGAAGUUUCUGGAGAAGCACUGUGCCCAGUGCGAGGCGACGCGCAGCGCCAUUAGCGAGGAGCAGCGCCACCUCCGCGCCUGAGUCCAGUGGUUAGAGUUUUAGAAUUGCUUUUGGGAGGGGCGACAACGAGGCGCCCUUCUGCCAGGAAUAUGUAUCUGCCAGGACGAGUCGAUUCGGUGGUUGGAUCGAUUCGGAUCAGUAUUGCACUUGGUAAUGAUAACAUUUUUUUUGUGUGUUGGCAAGGAAGUUUGUAACCGUAGUUUCGUAAUUUUGUAAAAGCUUUGCCAAUUUUUUGUACGUGUGUAGAUGCUUCUCGUUGUCAGUGUGCUGGCGUACACUUGUAGCAUGAAAUAAGUUUAGAAGUAUUAGAAAAGUUCCUUUUAACGAGGCAUUACCAAUCACCAUUGAGUAUAGCCAACUGUGUUUAGGGUGAUCCUCUUUGGCAAGUCCUUUCAAGAAUUUUAAAACGUUUUAAUGGACUAAGUUGAACCAUAACAAGUAUUAACACUCGCAAUAGUUUAUUUGAAGCUCAGUUUUUAAUGUCGUCUUAACGCAAUUGUGUUCAAAAAACCGUUCAAAUUAUUUUUGGCCCACUACGAACAACAGCAGCAACAAGUUAAUGAAAAACAAAUCAUACUGCCUACAAUGAUUUAAUUUAAGUAUUUUUUACAUAGCGAAUUUACCAUUAAUCCCAUUAAAUUUUAAAUAUCGGUGCAGGUGUAAGGCCAACCAUCCAAGGCCCAACCUUCCCAGAGCACUACUUCCAACUCCUGGGAGAAGAUAGAAAUAAUAUUAUAUUUGGAUUGCUUUUGGAUUGUUGGGCAUGGGACUUGGCGAACUAAAUUGGCAGUUUUUACGAUGAAGCUUGAAGGCACUAAACCAAAUAUAGAGAAAACAUUAAUUUUAGGAUAUGCUUGGCAUUGAUUUGCUUAGUAAUUAGUGUAUUGAUAUAAAAUAAUACUUUUAUUUAUAUGGAUAUUUUCCCAAGCGGAAUGCUCCUGGAACACUCUAAUAACAUUAUUCUACAAAGCACGACCUUAUAUUACAAAUAAUAUCCGAAUUAAAGAUUUUAGCAUAUUAUCUUCGAAAGUAUAUGGCUGAAAUGUUUACUUUUGCUCAAAAAUAAAUGGCUCGGAGGCCAUUCUUACCCGAAAAAGGCUCAGAUGUUUUCCUUUUGUUGGUUUCUGCAUGUGACUGGGACAGCUACCACAAUUAAUUACUAUGGAUUAGAUUAUAAACAAGCUAAAAUACAAUAUACAUGCUAUGUGUAUUUAUAUGUAUGUAAAUAGUUGUUUUCGUCUAUGUUGAUCGAAUUCUAUCUAUAUUCAAAGGCAUAAGCAAACCAGUUAAGGAAAUAGUUCAACAAUGGUAAUGGUAUAGACAUCUUGAACAAAAAAAAAACAUUCAAAAUCAGAAGCCAUAUAAGAAAAAAAAACCAAAAACCAAAUGCAAUGAAUAAAACUCGUCAAGAGGAAUGUGUUAACAAAAAGCUAAACAAAAUAUUCGAAAAUAUUUAAUGAAAUAUACAGAAACAAGUGCAACUAGCAUGCCCUACUAGACCUAUACAUUCAUCCAUACAAUACUUGCAUUAUUGAAGAAAUUUUAAAACACGUACACUACAAAACUAACAACCCAUUAAUUUUUUUAUAGAUUUACAUGAACUCACCCGAUGUAGAACAGAUUAAAUGCAGGCCUUUAUUUAACCAUUUCUAUAUGAUUUAAUUCGAGUUCUUUUAGAGAAA